AUGCGCACAAAGUCAAACGUGCUGCUUUCUUGUGAAGCGCUCAUUGAAGAUGGCGGACACCGAAAUUGCCUCAGCCAAGAAAGAAAAGAAAAAGAAGACAAAGAAAAUUGCAGAUGAAGAAGUUGGGGAAAUUCAAGAAAGUGGUGACUUCCUCAUCAAACCUGAAUCUAAGGUUGCAAGCUUGGACACAUCUCAAUGGCCAUUGCUGCUGAAGAACUUUGAUAAGCUGAACAUCAGGACGGCUCAUUACACUCCUCUGCCACAUGGGUCGAAUCCACUCAAGAGGAACAUACAUGAUUAUGUCAGGGCUGGUUUCAUUAAUCUGGACAAACCCGCUAACCCGUCCUCCCAUGAAGUUGUCGCUUGGAUCAAAAGAAUCCUUCGCGUUGAGAAAACGGGCCACAGUGGCACUCUCGACCCUAAAGUGACAGGCUGCCUGAUCGUGUGUGUAGAGCGAGCCACGCGAUUGGUCAAAUCUCAGCAGAGCGCAGGCAAAGAGUAUGUGGGAAUAGUACGGCUGCACAAUGCACUAGAGAACGAACAUCAGCUAGCGAGGGCUCUGGAGUGUUUAACAGGAGCUUUGUUCCAAAGACCUCCACUCAUCGCCGCUGUGAAGCGACAACUGCGAGUGCGGACCAUCUACGAGAGCAAACUGAUCGAAUAUGACUCUGAGAGAAGAUUAGGUAUAUUCUGGGUGAGCUGUGAAGCGGGCACGUACAUCAGAACUCUGUGUGUUCAUCUGGGGCUGCUGCUGGGAGUCGGCGGUCAGAUGCAAGAGCUGCGACGAGUCCGCUCUGGUGUUCUGGGUGAAAAGGAUAACAUGGUGACCAUGCAUGACGUGAUGGACGCCCAAUGGCAGUUUGACCACAACAAAGACGAGACGUAUCUGAGGAGAGUGAUCUUCCCUCUGGAGAAACUGCUCAUCUCGCACAAGAGGAUUGUCAUGAAAGACAGCGCUGUGAACGCUAUAUGUUAUGGUGCGAAGAUCAUGUUGCCAGGCGUCCUGAGAUAUGAAGAUGGUAUUGAGGUGAAUCAAGACAUUGUUGUCAUAACUACCAAAGGAGAGGCUAUUUGCACAGCGGUCGCUCUAAUGACCACAGCCGUCAUAUCCACAUGUGAUCACGGGGUUGUCGCUAAAAUCAAGAGGGUCAUUAUGGAGCGAGAUACAUAUCCACGCAAAUGGGGCCUUGGACCAAAGGCAAGCCAGAAGAAAAUGAUGAUUCAAAAAGGACUUUUAGACAAACAUGGCAAACCGAACGGCAGCACCCCAGCAGACUGGAAAGACGGUUAUGUGGACUACAGCACUCCCAAGACAAAGAAGGUGGAGAGUGGCGAUGCUGGUCCAACAGGAACAAAGAGGAAGCGAGAUGACAGUGGAAGUGAAAAUGACGCUGCUGCCAUUCAGGACACUUCAAAGACAGAAGAAAUCAAGAAGGAGAAGAAGAAAAAGAAGAAAGAAAAGAAACUAAAGCAGCAGGCUGAAGAGGCAGCAGUUGAAGCUCCUGAAGAGGCACCUGCAGAGGGUGACACUGAGGUUACGGAGAGUGCAAAGAAGAAGAAAAAGAAGAAAAAUGUGAAAGAUACAGAGAAUGGAUCGGAGUGAACAUGGAGACUCGUGUAAUAUUAGAUUAAAAGACCUUCAAGAUAUUGGAGGAAGAUCACACAGACUCUUUGGUCAAGUAGAAACUCAGUCUUCUAAACUUGUCCACCAGUGAGUCAUGUCUGUUCUGGCAUGAUUGUUCAACCGUGGGUUGGUCAAGAUCCAGGGCAAUUAGUUUGUGCUUAUGAACGGUUGACUUUUUUCUUUUUUUUUUUACUUGUCCAUGUAGAACCCAUGUUGCCUGGGUAUAUUCAAGUAUUUUAAGUGAAGAGAUUUUUUUAUUGUUGUAAAUACAGAGAAUGAAACUGUAAUCCUGAACCAAUCAAUUUUUACAAAGAUUUUCCAUUUGUUUCCUUUAUUGCCAAUAUGCUUUUGUUAUUGUGCCACUCUUAGUCAUGUUGAAGUAACAGAAUCUGCUCAUUGAAGUUAAGUAACUGAUCUUUCUUUGUGCACUUUCUGUUACCAUCACAUAUUGCAGUUUUAAUAUUUUUGGCUGUAAGGAUCUGUUUCUGCUGACUGUUUGUGAUUGUAUCCCAAUGCGCUUAAGUCCUCGUGGUCGCGUAGUGAUUCGCCUCAAUCUGGGUGGUGGAGGACAAAUCCCAGUUGCCUCCGUGUCUGAGACUGUCAACCUGUGCAUCUUAUCACGUAGCUUGUUGAGCGCGUUACCGCAGAGAUGUAGCGCGUGUGGAGGAUUCACGCCAUCCACACUCCACUCGCCACACGCUCCACCGAGAACAAACCACAUUAUAGUGACCACGAGGAGGUUACCCCAUGUGACUACCCUCCCUAGCAACCGGGCCAAUUUGGUUACUUGGAAGACCUGGCUGGAGUCACUCAGCACACCCUGGGAUUUGAGCUAGUGAACUCCAGGGGUGGUAGUCAGCGUCUUUUACCACUGAGCUACACAGGCCCCCUGAAGACGGAUGUUAAUUGCAGGUGUAAACAUGGCAAAUUCAUGCCAUGCUCCAAUGCAUAAAGUCAUCGCUCUUUAUAAAACAGUUAAAUCCUGUUUUAGAAAACAACUGUGUAAAUGCAGAAGAAUAGCACAAAAUCCUGGAUCCUUGGGAAGCAUGAUAAUUGACCAGAGGUUAGAUUAAUAAGACCCCAUUUACCAAUUUUAAAAACUGUUAACCCAUAAUUCCAAAUUCCUUUGACAAAUUCUAACCAAGUACAUCAGUUUUGAUUUAGACUAUCUUUACGUGGCUUCUCUCUCUCUCUCUCAAACUACAUGAUCCCUUCUGAGAUUUUUAAAUGACCAAAUAUAUUAUUGUAUUUUAUACUGUACACAUUAUACACUUUAUAUAUAAUAUAUAUGUAUUAUGGUUGAUAUUCAUAGUUGCUUGGUUUUGAAGGCUGUCCAGGGGAGACUGGGGAAAUUGUAACAGAGUUUGUCACAAGAGCUGUAUCUCAGUAACUAGAAGGACAAACUGCACACGUGCUUGUUUUCUCUAGUGGUUAUUGGUCAACAUCUAAUUCAAAACUAGUCUUAAACUAAGUUUUUACAAUUCUGUCCUCUAAACUAAAAUGUCAAAAUGACUAUCACUUCAAAAUCACUUCAGGAACAAAAAUCUUAACUUAAAAAAACCUAGUAGAGUAGUGUUUACUGCCCAGAACAUUCUUCAUUUCUUCAAAAUGUUUGUGUAUAAAGUAUAAUGCAGUCAGAUCUUUGUUAAAAGACUUUUUUUAUUACAUUAUAUUUGAUCAUUUUAUUUUGUAAAUUGGCUUUAGUAUUUGUAAACAAACUUCAAAAUUUGAAAAUAUGAAAAUGUAACCUUUACUUAUUUCAUGGUUGGAUAGAAAUAACGGUCACUCAAAGUUUAAAGGAAUAUUCCGGGUUCAAUUCAAGUUAACCUCAAUCAACCGUAUUUGUGGUAUAACUUUGAUUGCCACAAAAAAUGAUUUGGAUUCGUACUUUUUUU